GAAAUAUAUGAAUGUUGUCAUUAACUAUAAACAUGUUUAAAUAUAUAAUCUACCUGCCACAUGGUACUAGAGGUAUAACAUUAGUAGUAUUUUGUUCCAGUCCAGCAAAACGAACAUGAUCAGAAAAAUGUCUAUAGGCGUUAUAAAUAUAACUGUUUAUAUAGGAUACGUAUAAACCUUAUCCCUGUAAUGUAAAGUGUAACAAUUGUAGACGCUUCAUUAGGUUCGUUCCAAGAGUAGUUCGAGUUCAUAUUCCCUACAUGUGAUGCGCGUAACCUUAACCAAAUUGUUUUUUGUGUCGCGCGUAAUGCUACUUGCGCAGCUCCAAUAUCUUCGCAUCUCAACAUCCAACGCCCAAUGAUAUGGAUAACGACUACCACAGCUCAGACAGGUCUGAACUCGCUACCCAGUGCCACCCUAUGCUCUCCUCUAGUGAGGGGCUGAACUAAAUAGAGGAACCUAACACGUUCUAAUAAAGAAACCACAGGGAUGACAAAUCCGUCAGAAGCAGACGACUUUAUCGACUCGGAGGACUCAUUUGGUGACGGCGACAAGGGAAGCAGUAGGCAGUCUGCUCAAGAGACCGUCUGUGACAUUCGUCAUACCUUCCAUGGAUCUACAGAGGGACGGUAUCCCUCGUCUCAGCCCAGCCAAGCUCAGCCCGCGUCUGCUACCUCGCCUGGUACCAUGUACCCACACCGGACACUGCACGGAGCCACCUACCCGGCCCUUGCCAUCACCAGUUCGGGUCACUACAUGGCACACCAUCCUGUGGUCACGCAAGGCUCAUAUAAUAGCCUCUUGACCACCACGUCACCUCAAGGCUUCCCAGCGCCCGGAUACUUUUACGCCCAGCCAUAUGGGCAUGGCCACCAAGGAGGUGCUUUCCACAAGAGCUCAGCAAUGCAAACUGGGAUGGUUUUUGGUAAAGCGCAAGUUUAUCUCUGCAAUAGGGCUCUGUGGCUCACGUUUCACAGGCACCAAACAGAGAUGAUCAUCACUAAACAGGGGCGACGAAUGUUUCCAUUCCUGAGCUUUAAUAUAUCUGGACUUGAUCCGACGGCAAAUUACAAUAUUUUUGUGGACGUCAGUCUCGCGGACCCUAACCACUGGCGGUUCCAAGGAGGACAGUGGGUACCCUGCGGCAAAGCUGACUCAAAUGGGACAGGGAACAAGUCCUACAUGCAUCCAGACUCUCCGAACACCGGCGCGCACUGGAUGCGUCAAGAAAUUUCUUUUGGAAAACUGAAGUUGGCAAAUAAUAAAGGGGCAUUGGAAAGUGCAGGGCAGAUGGUUGUCGUUCAGUCCCUCCAUAGGUACCAACCCCGUCUUAAUGUGGUCGAGGUGCACGAGGAUGGGGCCGAGAACGCAAGCCAACCCAGACAAUCAUUUACGUUCCCCGAGACGCAAUUCGUUGCAGUCACAGCAUACCAGAACACAGACAUAACACAGCUGAAAAUAGACCACAAUCCUUUCGCAAAAGGUUUUCGGGACAAUUAUGACAAAAUCUACACAGGCUACGAUAGUGACCGGUUGACGCCAUCACCGAGUGACUCGACCUACGCUCAGUUUGUGCCUGGUGCCAGAUAUGCUCUUGCUAAUUCUUUCCUUCAGCACCAAUUCGUCAGCACUUAUGCCAAGUCCUGUUUCCGCCCUAGCGCAGGAGCUACGUCUGGACUAGACUAUAACGUCCCCUUAACUAGCAGCAUGCUGUCACCGCAAACCAGCGAGGAGGACACAAUGGCGGCAUCACCGAGAUGGUUUGUGACACCGACCAACAACAGACUGGACUAUGCCCCCCGCACAAAUGACGCGACUGAAAACACGACCGCUUUGCUGUCAUAUGCAGCAGCUGGAAAGGCUCUACAGCUGUCCGCAACGGACAGUUCGGGUAGAGCCCUUGCUUAUUACUCAGAACCAACGGAUUUUGCGCGUACCUCACCCCAGUAUUGCGGUGCGUCUAGCCCGGCUCUGUCCUGCUGGACUAAUGGACACGCUAUAGGUACUGCGAACUUUGACGAGGUCCUCUCACUUUCAAAAGAGAGUUUGCCAGCGGGUGUCUCUGAAGACGCAAAACCACAAGAUAUCUCGGAGUCUAGUUGGAUAGAGACAUAAACUGAAUUGAAGAGAUAUCCCAUCCUAGGUUAUUGACAUCAACGAAAUGCAGUCUAAUGAAAAAACGAAUGAACGAUGUCCAGGUGAGUAUUUAGACUCACCUGGACAUCGUUCAUUCGUUUUUUCAUUAGACUGCAUUUUUGGAUUAGCCUACAGUUGGCUGUGGAUAUGACUGAAGUAUUAAAAUGUUAACGAUAAAAAAAAUCUAUUUAAGCUAUAAUAAUGUAUCUAUUUAACAUUAGCUGUAGUCCUACUCUAGAUGUUUUAAUUGAAUCCUGUUUUCUAAUUUGACUGAUUUGACUGAUUUUUGAUUUGUUGAAUACAUUUUUGGAAAGUGUUCAUGUCUUAGCCUGCAUUGAGUUUCAUUGGCAUUAUGUUUUAUUGUGCUGGCUUUAGUAGGCUAUAUAGGAUCCACAAUGUCUUUACUAUUGCAAAAAACAAGGUUCUGAGUUAUAACAACUGUACUUAAAGUAAGUAGCCCAAUGCUUCAAAACACAAAGGACAUAUUCAUAAAUCAAUGCCCAACGCAAAAAGGUCAAGAGGGAAUUUGUUGUAGUCUUUGAAAGGAUGUAUACUAAUUCAUUAUCUAAAAAUGAAGUACAAAUAUAAAUUCGAUUAAAAGCA